AUGAAGAGAAAGGAGGUUCCUGCAUCUUCUUCAAUCCUGCAACUUAAACAGCUGUUGGGUGGAGAGAACAACAUAGAAGUCAGUAGCCCACAGAGACGGGCUGUGAGGGUCACUGCCAUUCCCGCUCUUGGUUCAAGGGAAAGGCCUCCCACUCUUGUCCUAUUCAGUCUAAGUUCCUCUGGUAAAGUUCUAGCCAGACUAGUGAUCGCAUGUACAGCUUUCAGUUCCUAUGACCAGUCUAUUACAACCACCCUUGGGAAACCAAAACCCAACGAUGUACCCAACAGAAAGAGAUUCCAUGAGGGAUUUAAUUCCCAGAGUCUCCCUAAGAUACCACUUCAGAAAGAUAGUGUUACAAAAAGAAUUCUUACUGCAAGACAGCUAAAAAUCGAUGAAUGGCAGAAUAAUGUAACUGAACUCUAUGUCAAGUUAGAUGAACUGAUCCAAGAAAAUAAGGUUUUGAAAAGGUUUCAAUACAAGCAUGAGAAAGCACUGAAUAAGUUUGAAGAUACAGAAAAUGAAGCCUCACAACUUAUUGCUCGUCAUAACAAUGAGAUUACAGCACUUAAAGAAUGCUUAAGAAAAACUCAAGAAAAAGAACUUGCAACUGAGAAAAGAUUGAAAGAGACAGAGAGUGAAUUACUUAGGACAAAACAUUCCUUUCAAAAGCUGAAAAAAAUAUCUGAAGCUAAGCAUUUACUGGAACGAAAUGAUUUGGCAAAGAAACUAGUUUCAGCUGAGUCAAAAUUACAUAAAACUGAGAAAAAAAUCAAGGAACUGGAAAAACAUCUUGAAUUAAACACAUCAAGUUUUCAACAACAACUGAUUGCUGAGAGGAAAAAGACAGCUGAAGCGCAAGAACAAAGCAAAAUACUUGGAAAACAGUUACAAAAGUUACAGCAAAAAUUAAAGGAAAAGGAGAGAGAGGCGGAUAUAAAAAAUACAUAUUUUAGUCAUCUACCAAAUUCUUCUAUAAAGAAAAAAAGAGAAUACAUAUCAAGAAAAAAUGCUGUAUGUCAAGUUGAAUACCUGAAAGUAUAUACAAAAGGAAUCCAAACUGAAGAGUUCAGGGACGAAGAACUACCACAGAAUCUUAAACAGGUAGUUUUAAAAUUUUUUGCUGUGUGUUUACUAACAAAUUAA